AUGGAUACUGUAAACCACACUGGUCUUAGUUACACAUUCUUUCAUUUGCUGGGCAUCCCUGGCCUAGAGGACCAGCACAUGUGGAUUUCCAUCCCCUUCUUCCUUUCCUAUGUCACUGCCAUGCUUGGGAACAGCCUGCUCAUCUUCAUUAUCCUCACAAGGCCUAGUCUCCAUGGACCCAUGUACCUCUUCCUCUGCAUGCUGGCAGGAGCAGACAUCGUCCUGUCCACCUCCACAGUUCCCCAGGCCUUGGCCAUCUUCUGGUUCCACGCUGGGGAGAUCUCCCUGGAUCGCUGCAUCACUCAGCUUUUCUUCAUCCAUUCCACCUUCAUCUCUGAGUCAGGGAUCUUGCUGGUGAUGGCGUUUGACCGUUACAUUGCCAUUUGCUACCCCCUGAGGUACACCACUAUUCUCACAAACUCCCUGAUUGGGAAAAUUGGAGCGAUCAUCUUUCUGAGGAGCUACGGUACAAUUCUCCCCAUAAUAUUUCUUUUGAAAAGACUGACAUUUUGCAGAACCAACAUUCUUCCACAUACAGCUUGUGAGCACACUGGCUUGUCUAAGUAUGCUUGUAAUGACCUUCAUGUAGAUAUCUGGUAUGGACUUUUUGUUUUAAUGUCAACAGUUGUUUUAGAUGUUGUGCUAAUAUUUGUUUCUUAUAUGCUAAUUAUCCAUGCUGUCUUCCGCAUGCCUUCCCAGGAUGCUCGCCACAAAGCUCUCAAUACUUGUGGGUCCCACGUCUGUGUCAUCAUACUCUUUUAUGGACCUGGGAUCUUCUCAACCCUCACCCAUCAGUUUGGACACCAGAUUUCAAGUGAUAUCCACGUCCUGCUUGCCAAUGUUUGCAUCCUGGCUCCACCAAUGUUGAAUCCCAUCAUCUAUGGGGUCAAGACCAAACGAAUCCGAGACCAAGUGACUCAUGUCUUGUUUCUGAAAGUAAUAUGA